UAGAAAUGAUAAAUUUAUAACUGGAACUACCCUUUAUUACACUGAUGAAGAUGAUGAAUUUAGAGAAUUCAUCUACAAAGGUUUCAUGGGAAAUACUGACUUAUUAAUAAUUGAAUUUAAAAAAAAUUCAAUCGUACUAAUGAUCGGAAAAUACAUUUAUCAAAAAAAUGCUGAAUAUCUUAGCCUUACUCAAACAAUACCUGUCACUUUGCCUUCUGAUUCUAUGUGUUCUCCUUAA